AUUUUCAUGAAAGUCUUAUUACAGGGUGUUUUGCCUGUGGAAUGGACACUGGUUUCAGAGUGUAUAACUGUGAUCCACUGAAAGAAAAAGAAAGACAAGAUUUCUCAGAUGGAGGAAUUGGUUAUGUUGAAAUGCUCUUCCGAUGCAAUUACCUAGCUCUUGUAGGUGGAGGCACGCAUCCAAAGUAUCCCACCAACAAAGUUAUGGUGUGGGAUGACCUUAAAAAGAAGCAUGUGAUUGAAUUAGAGUUUGCGUCAGAUGUGCGUGGAGUGAGGUUACGAAGGGACCGUAUCGUUGUUAUCCUUGAUACGAUGAUAAAGGUGUACACAUUUACGUCAAAUCCACAGCAGCUUCAUGUUUUUGAUACAGCAAAUAACCCCAAAGGCUUGUGUGUACUCUGCCCUAAUAGCAACAACUCUCUACUGGCUUUUCCUGGCCCUCGUGCUGGUCACGUGCUCAUCAUUGACCUUGCUGAUACAGAAAAAUCUCCUCUUGACAUCAUGGCACAUGACUCCCCUCUUAGUUGUAUAGCUCUUAAUCUUCCUGGGACAAAGUUAGCUACAGCCUCAGAAAAGGGAACUUUGAUUAGAAUUUUUGAUACAGCAAAUGGGCAGCAACUGAAUGAACUCAGACGAGGUGCUAAUGUGGCAACAAUUUAUUGGUAAGUAUCUCAGUGUGAC